AUGGCAUUCGCUCUUUUUGACAUACCUCCCACUCACCCUCAUCAACUUUUUGUCAAGAACCCAGCUCAAUGUGUGCCUGGUGCACUGGUAAACAUGUUGCUCAAUUUUUACUCACUGGUUAUAUGUACCAACAUUGUAUCAAUGAAGUCGGUUGAUCACGCUGAUUGUAAAAAGCUGUCCAAGGCUUACCGACUGUACACCAAAACUUCAAAGCUAGUAUUUGAAUCCCCAAACAUUGUACCCAACCAUCACUAUGCUCUCCAUCUUCCAGAACAGCUGAAGUGGUGGGGUUCCCUCUUGAAUGUUUCUGAGUUUGCUGGUGAACAAAUCAAUGGAAUACUACAGAAAUUCCAGACUAAUUUAAUUGUUGGUCAGUUGGAAGGCACUGUGAUGCAAGAAUUUGUCAUGUUUCAAAAAUUACACUACAAAGAUGAUUCCUUGCAACAAUACAUGGAGGUACCGCAUCCCGAUGAUGCAAACAUCCUGAACCGGUUUGUCAUUGAAGAGGAAGCGUUGGAACGUCUGAAUGGGUUAUAUGUCAGCAAAGCAAGACCCAACCGUUUGGUGGUGUAUCGCAAGGACAGUCAGACUCGUUAUGGGUGGGUUACGCACAUCUACAGACUGCCUGAACGUGAGGGCAGGGUCUUGGUAGCAGUAAAAUUUCUUUGCAACACCUGCUUAGGGGAUGACAUAGAGGCACCUGCCUGCUUGGGCAUUUGGACACCACCAGCCCUUGGUUGUACUUAG